CUUUGUGCGGCGGACAAAUGGGGAGAGGAGGAGGAGGAGGUGGGCACUUCUGCGACGUAAGAUCCACAUCAGCUCAACUCCACUCACAUCCCAGCCGGCACUUCCUCACUUUCUCAAGUGUCUCGCCCCACAACGCUCCCUGCCUCCUUUUUGGCUUGUUAUAGCCCGGGAAUCCAGCCCCUCCUGCCCAAGGGCUGGCUUCCUGCUAGGCUGGGGCUCUCGCGCUCCGGCCCCGCAGCCCGCGGCUCGCAGAAGGACUGGAUGGUUACCCCGGGCAGGUUGGCUGCAUGAUGUUAGGGACUGUGAAAAUGGAAGGGCAUGAAACCAGCGACUGGAACAGCUACUACACCGACACGCAGGAGGCCUACUACUCGGUGCCCGUGAGCAACAUGAACUCGGGGCUGGGCUCCAUGAACGGCAUGAAUACCUACAUGAGCAUGAACCCCAUGACGACCAGCGGCAACAUGACCUCCGGCUCCUUCAAUAUGUCCUACGCCAACCCGGGGCUGGGGGCCGACGGCACCUCCUCCGUCAGCGCCGUGCCCGCCCUGGCCGCCGUCCCGCACGCCCCGCACUCCCUGGCCCACGACUCCCAGCUGCACCUGAAGGGGGACACCCACUACUCCUUCAACCACCCCUUCUCCAUCAACAACCUCAUGUCCUCCUCGGAGCAGCAGCACAAGCUGGACUUCAAAGCCUACGAGCAGGCGCUGCAGUACUCGUCCUACGGGGCGGCCAUCCCGGGCGGGCUGCCCCUGAGCGGCGCCUCCAUGGCGGGCAGGGGCAGCAUCGAGCCCUCGGCACUGGAGCCGUCCUACUACCAAGGUGUGUAUUCCAGACCGGUGCUGAACACCUCCUAGCUCGGGGGCCGAGGCUCUCCCUCUCCCCCGGCUCCCCAGGACUGUUACUUCAUUAUCGUGUGUAUGUUACGAUCCGACGAGCCCUCCCGCCCAGCUGAGCGGGCCCUCUUGUACAGACCCCCACCCACCGCCCGGCCAGCGCUCGCUGCAGCCCGGGCAGGGGGGGGAGGGAGACAUUGUUGAGCUUGUAAACUAUUUGUUUGUGCUUUCCAUCUCCUCCCACCGCCCCUCCGUGCUCUAGACUCUCAUGUAAGUUUACAGGUAUGUGGCAAUACUUUCACCCCACGGAGAUGAAGAAGCGAGUAGGCAUAGGAGGCGCUUGUUGUUUUUGUUUUUAAUUAAAAAGGCUUUGAAGGACAACUCAGCUGUGAAGUAGCAACACACUCUCCCCUCAGAAACAGGGGGCUGUUUACUUUCUCAGAUCAUCCUUUUCAUACUUGCACCCCCUCGGGCGAGGAGAACACGCGCACGCAGGCCGGGGCCGGCUCCUGCACUCGCCCGGGUGCCAGCGGGAGGGCGGAGGGGGCAGGAGCCAGUCCUUAGAUUUCCAAGUGUGAGGUGGCUUGGGAUGUAAUAUAGAUACAGAGGUCACAGCCAGUCGGAUAUUUUUUUUUCCUCCGGAGCUGUUACUGCAGAUUCUCAUCCAUCAGGAACUCUCUUCAACAUGUGGAUGACAUGCUUAUUUAAUUUCAGAGUCUUUUCAUCGUGUACAAACUAGAACGAUAUAUGUAUAAAGUUAUCCCCACCCGCCCCCCGAAAAAAUAUUGCCUAUUAAGCCAACCCGAGGGAAGAGGAGAUCUCCCUCUCCUUUGCAAUUCAGUUUCAUGAUAACGCCUCCAAAAUAUGUUGUGGCCGUUCAAUUAUUGCCAUGGGUAGCUUGUUUCAUCCAGUGUUAAUGCACUUUCCACAGUUUUACACGGUGUUAGCAUAGACAGACGGGUUUUAUUAUUAUUCCUGUUCGCUUUCUCAAUGUUCUUAAUUUAUUGCAUGGUUUAUAUUUUCUUUCUUUACAGCUGAAAUUGCUUUAAAUGACAGUAAAAAAAAAUUACACGUGACUUUAAAAAAUAGUUAAUUUUAUAAAUGUGAUUGUAAUUCAAAAAAUAUUUUGAUUUAAAAUGAUAACUGAGAAUUUAAGCCGUGAAGUAUGUUUUUGAUUAUUUGCAGUUAAGGACUUUAAAUAAAUCGAAUGUUAACAAUGAA